UUCUUUUUAAUCGAAAUAUAUCGAUUACAGUAAAAUAAUAUAUAAUGUAAUUUACAGAUACUUCGAAAACUUGUUACGACGUAAUUGAAAACAGCUCGAUUUCUCUAUCACUAAGUAAAGAAGGAAACGAUUUAACGCAAAUCCUACCGGUACAGCAAUUCCAAAAAUAUGUCGUAAAGCGAUUAGAAGAAAUAAUGUUAUUGUUGGAACAGAGCAAUGCUUCUUCUGUUCGUCUUUUAAAUUCGCUUCAGACAUUUAUGAAUCCAUCUUCAAAACCAGACGGACUUCCUGAAUUUCCUUUGACAACUGACGAUGAAUUCCAAAAGUUGGAACUGAUGCUGUCAGAAAAAAUAGAGGGUAAUCCUGAUGGCCAAGAGUCACUCAAUUAUACAUAUUUGACAAGACGACUGUCGACAAUUGGUGGAGCCGACCAGAGAUCCUAUGUCAUGAAUAUGUUGAAAUUUAUAAUGACAAACCAACUGGCUAUGUCCUAUAAUUGGAAAGGACAGCAUAAUAAAAAAAGUUUUGAGGCAACAAAACUACGUGAAGUUAUUGUGGGUAUGUAAACAACAGUUAAUAUAAACAAUAUUCUUAUCCAAUAUUUCAUAGAGAAGAUGCAAUUACUUCAGAUUUUGAAUUAUAAAAUAAAUAUGGGCAUUUAUUUUAUUACAUAACUUUUUGUUAAUAUUGAAUAUUUUAUAUUAAAACUUGAACAAUUAUAUUUGGCAAAAUGUCGUUAAAUAGAUUUCAGACACAAAAUAAUAA